CAAAAACAAGAUCGGCACUGGUGGGGAAAUGAGCGCUGCAUUCUAUUGGUCCGUACAAUUAACUAAGAAAUACUAGUUGUGAAAACUAGGUUGCUGCAACUGGUUUUUUAGUAUUAAUAGUGCUUGAAGUAUACCUGUACCUUAUUGACGUUACGCUGUAACAAAAGUUAUGAAAAUGAAUGAUAAACCCACAAUUCUUUGCCCAUGUCCACUUCCAAAGAGGCUUAUAACGUCAAACCACUGGAUUGCAAGAAACGAUUCUUCAAAUGUCAACUCUAUUUUGCAGCCAGACAAUUUUUUGUUUUCUCCACGCUUAAAGUAUCGAGAAAAAACUAAAGGCGAUAAUGUUCUGGUUAAGAAAUUAAUGAGCGAAAAUAAUUGUUACUGUAGAGACAAAUUUGAAAAAUUGCCCAAGCCUAGAUAUUUCAAACGGCCCAAUAGUUGCGUUGGUUACAAAGAAGGAGAAAAUGUAGAUGAUGAUUUGAGACGAAAGUCUUUGACUUGUGUAUGUGAAGAGGUAGAUGAUGAUGAAGACAUUGUUGGCGCAAAAGUCCGACAGGUUAAGAGUUUACCAGCUGAGGUUAGCUUUAAACCUACAGAGCAAAGGAAGAAAUAUGAAGAAUAUAGGCAAAUGCAAGAGGAAAAGUUUCAGGAGAAAUUAUUAGAGGAUAAAGAACGUGAAGAAUUUGAAAAAUUCAAUAGUGAAUAUAGUUCACAAGAAAAAACGAAUUCUGCUGGAGGAGAUUAUUCUGAUAUCGAUACUAUUCUUAGUACGCGAAAAUAUGGAACAAAUUAUACUUCUGAAUCACAAUUUACAAAUAAAAAAUAUUCUGAGUCGGUACAUACAAAACCUUCAAGUGACAAUAAUCAUGAUAAUUUCAAAGGUGAUAUCCGUUCUGCACCAGAUUUUCGACGGGAACACUAUUUUGAAACACACAAUAUUGGAAAAAUAGCUGAUAUUACUGGAAAUCCAUCUAAAGAUGAACAUACAUGCGUUCACCAGUUCCAGCUCGACGACAGAUGGAUUCCAGAGCCUCUAAAUAAAGAUUCAUUUGGAAGAAGUAUAUGCACAAUAUGCGAUAAAGUUAUGGAAGGUUCUAGAAUCGGUUUGAGUUCUGGAUUUCUUUUGACGGACAGGAUGAGUGAUGCACUGAAUCGUUCAAAAAUCAAAAAUUACGCAGAAUCUUAUAAGAGUGGCUUCACUCCUACAACAAUCAAUUUGGGUAGAGGAAAAUCGAAAAUUGAAGUCGUCCUCAAGGAACAGGAUAUUGACAAGUUUGGAAAUUAUAUUAAUCGAGUCAAAAGACCUGUUUACAGGAAUAGUUUAGCUUUGAGGCAUCAGAGACUAAGAAUGAUUUGAGAUAUUUUAUAUUUUUAUCAAAUUUUUAAAUAAAUAUAUUAUCAAUUUUA